UUAUUUUGUGGUCAAAUCCUCAGCAAAACGGCGUCUGUCAAUCCAAUCAUGGCUCUUUCUCGCAUCACUGUGCUCGUUUCCUUUAUGCUUCAGAUGUUCUGGGUCACCCACUCUGCAGUUUUCCUGCAGGGAUCUGAAGCCAAUGGCGUGCUGCAUAGAGAGAGACGGGCGAAUGCAGGACUGGAAGAGCUGAAAAGGGGCUCCAUUGAACGGGAGUGUCAUGAGGAGGUCUGCUCAUAUGAAGAACUGAGGGAGGUGUUUGAAGAUGGUGAAAGAACAAAUGAAUUCUGGAAGAUCUACAGUGACGAGAAUCAGUGCGUGUCAAAUCCCUGCCAAAAUGGUGGAACCUGUCAGGAUUUGUUUCAACGUUACCUGUGCACGUGCCCGAAGAAGUUUGAAGGUUGGAACUGUGAAAUAGAGAAAACCACCAGAAUUGAGUGUCAUUUUGAGAAUGGAAACUGUGAACAGUUCUGCACAAAUGUGGUCAAUUCAUCUCGUCAAUGCAGCUGUACAGAGGGCUACAGACUUGGAGAAGACGGAUUGUCCUGUAUUCCUGAAGUGCCCUAUCCAUGUGGAAAAGUGCCAGUUCUGAUGAAGCACCCAAGCCCACCCGUCGACUUUGCAGGGUUAGGGAGAAUUGUGGGUGGCUCAGAUGCUUUGAAAGGAGAAUAUCCAUGGCAGAUGCUGCUGAUGUACUACGGGGAGGUACUCUGUGGUGGUGUGUUGCUCAAUCCCCAAUGGGUUGUCACUGCAGCCCACUGUCUGCAAAAUAAAAAACGGGAAGGGUUUCAAGUCAUCGCAGGCGAACAUAUCCUCAAGAUUGAAGAAGGCACUGAACAAGUGAGGAACAUAUCCCGGAUGAUCCUCCAUGAGAAUUACAACGCAGAAACUGUCGACAGUGACAUUGCACUGCUCGAACUCAGUGCUCUGGUUGAACUGAACGAUUUUGCAGUCCCCAUCUGUUUGGCGGAACGGGAUUUUGUUUUACGGGAGUUAAACCAAAUCCGGUUCCCCACAGUGACCGGCUGGGGAAGGCUAUUCGAUGCAGGGAUCAUUGCGCAGACACUUCAGAAACUCCGGAUCCCACUUGUCCGGACCUCUGAGUGCCGCCUGACGACCGAGAGAGAAAUCACUCAGAACAUGUUCUGCGCAGGAUACCGGGACGCAAAGAUGGACUCGUGUCGAGGGGAUAGCGGGGGGCCGUUGGCCGCACAAUACAAGGGCAGCUGGUUUUUAACUGGGAUCGUAAGCUGGGGAGAAAAAGGGUGCGCCAGCAAGGGGAAAUAUGGAGUUUACACAAAAGUCUACAAAUUCAUUGAAUGGAUCCGGCAGUAUGUAAAUCAGAGCAGGCCAACAACAAGUCCCCCUGUGCUGGAGAACCGGACUGCAUCAAUGAGGUGAAUGGUAACCACUUCCUAGGUCUUCAUAAACUAUCUUCUGCUGAUUUUAAGACAAAUGUGACAGGGAUUGUAGUGUUUCACUGAUGGAAAAUUAAAAUCACAAACUGUUGUAA